AUGGAGGACACAACUCGGCUGACCACUGUCACCGUUGGCUAUAAUGAAAAAGAGCUUGCCUUCAUACCAACUUUGGCGGAAAGGCUGGGCAUCCUCUCCAUGGUCAUCUAUGGGGUGGCCUUCGUGCUGGGCGUCACUGGGAAUGGGCUAGUCAUUUUCAUCACCGGCUUCCGUAUGGAGAAGACGGUCAACACCAUCUGGUUCCUGAACUUAGCCAUUGCUGACUUCACCUUCACCUUCUUCCUGCCACUGAGCAUUGUCUACCAGGCCCAGGGGUUUCACUGGCCCUUUGGGGAGGCCAUGUGCAAAUUCAACAGCACACUGGCUUUUGUCAACCUCUACGCCAGCGUCUACCUCCUCAUGGUCAUCAGCAUAGACCGCUGUAUUUCUGUGCUAUGCCCUGUGUGGGCUCAGAAUCACCGGAGGCCCCGCCCGGCUUCCUUUGUGGCUUUGGGGGUUUGGAUCGUGGCCGUGAUGUUCAGUUCGCCAUAUAUCCAUUUCAGAAAGACCGUGAAAAAUGGUGACGUGAUCAACUGCUACACCAAAUACAGCCGCAAUGAGGAGCAGGCAAAAGUCACCCACCAUGCUGUGGUUAUCAGCCGCUUCAUCUUAGCCUUCGUGAUCCCUUUUCUAGUCAUCAUUGCUUGCUACGGGGCCAUUGUUUUGAGGCUGAGGAGGGACCGCUUGGCCUCCUCCAGCAAGCCCUUCAAGGUCAUCACGGCGGUGAUCCUGGCCUUUUUCCUCUGCUGGUUCCCCUAUCAUGUUUUCUCGUUCUUGGAGAUUCAAGCUUACGAGGAUCACAGCCUGCGCCUGUCACUCACUAUCGGUCAUCCUCUGACAACCAGUCUGGCCUUCAUCAACAGCUGCCUCAACCCCAUCCUGUAUGUCUUCAUGGUGCACGAUUUCAAGAAAAAGCUCAAAAGCUCCAUCCUCUCUGUAUUUGAGAAUGCCUUUGCCGAGGACGUCAGCCAGAGUACGACUCAAACAAAGACCACAUCCUCAGUGGAGAUGGACUCCCAUGACUGAUGAACAAAGCUGCCCUUUGCUUCCAAAUGCCCUCGCCUUCCAAGCCAUUCAGUAUGGUGCUCGGAGACAACUCAUUCUCCGGGCACACACACACACCCCAUGCCCCCUGCGCUCAGGGUUGGGGCUUGGGGGCAUGACCCCACACUCAAGCCCUUACCCCACCCUCCAUGCUUCCUUGGGAGGGCGCAGACUCCAAGCCAGCCUACAGGGAGCCUGGGAGGGUGGGGUGCCACUGCUUCCCACCGUGCAGCUCCCCUCUGGCUCCCUGGAGGCUGGCUCCUCCUCUCCCCAAGACCCCGGGAGGGGAUGGGGCGCUGCAGAAGACAGCUCAGGUGCACACAUUUUUGUCACGUAAGUGGUGUCCAGCACCCCCUCCUCAUGGCUAAAAGGUGUGUUUCCGGGGACCUGGUUGUCUCCAUGUCCCUAGGGUGGUACUACCCUGCUUUGUACUGACUGUAGGGUUAUUGUGGUGGAAGGCUUCCUGGUGACCUUCUGCAUUGCCUGCCAAUGUUUUGAGUGGCAGCAGGAGAAAAAAU